CACGAACCCUGUCGCCCCGCGUCCAAAAGUCCCAACAGUUUUCCUCGUCUUCAUAUUUCAUAGCGCCUGCGCUCUCUGUCCUCCAGGUCUCGCGCUCCGUCCUCUGCAUUGAUUGCGAGGAGCACGAUAGCCGCCCUCGCGACUGGCAGAGCUCCCCGCGCUGCCCCGCAACUCCGCUCCGCUCUCCGUGGUUCACGACUGGUACACAGGAGGGCAAAAGGCCAGAUCGAUACAAGGCCAGGCACCGAUAUUCGAGUCACGACGUUGUGUUCACUCCCUCUUGCACGAGCCACAAGGUUUGGCACACGGGGCGUGGUCACGGCUCAUGACGCAGCCCGCUUUGUCUGAGAGCCCUCAUACAUCUACUUAGACGGCGCCUUCCCCUCCGGCCCUCCACCCCUUCCGUAUUGUACCUCCGUACCCCACAUAGACUCCCGGUAGCACACUGAAGAGAGCCACUCACCGCGCACUCUCCCACUAGCAGUCAAGUCCAUUUGAAUGAGCCCAUCGCCCGAUCCCGCAGCCGAGCCUACGAACCCGCCCUCCCAUCUCACGUACCUCUACCAGCACCACCGCAGUCGCACCAAGGGACUGGACAAUCUGCAGGCCCGCGGUCGCAACAUCUCGAGAUAUGAGCUGGGAAGAAGAGAUAGGUAUGGAGAGCGGGUCACGCGGAUCUAUCCCCGAGAGAUAACAAAGUCCCCACCCACAGUCAAGCGGUAUUCCUCAGCGUUGUCCACCGGACAGCCUACGUAUAAUGCAACGUCCACCCCUUUGAUGUCGGCUCUCGGCGCGACAAAGUCAACCGCAGCACACUACACAAAUGAGUGGACCAAGUCUCUGCCUUUCUUCGCAAACCCGUCAUCACCGAACAACGCCAUCAGCAUAAACGGGUCACCUCCCAACUUCCACAAUUCUCCGGGAGGUCGUGACGGGGUAUAUGGUCCGCACGGCAUGUCAAACUCGCCUCCUGCACCUGGAAUGCGUCCCCUGAGCCACCCCAAUCACUACACGACCUUCGGUGGGAGACUCCAAGCCUCGCCUCAUGAGUCUUCAGGAAGAGAUCGAAGAGCUUCCAUGUACUCAAAUUACGGAGCACGACCGCCUUUUGCAACCAACCCCCCUCUGCCGCACCAGCCGCAAGCCCACUUUUAUAACUUGCCCGAUUUCGAUCUGGGCCUGAACAAUCCAUCUGGCGAAGGCACCCUUCCCGGAGAAGGUGGCUAUUAUUGUGGGUUUGACACACUCAGCAUGGCGGGAGAUGAGGCAUCUAAGCCAGCCGAGAAUGCUUUGCUUGUUGGAUAUGAAGGUGGUAUCGAUGUUUUCCGAGUCGAGAGAGGGAGAAUGGAUAUCGUUGGGCGUCUAGAGGGUCUCAGGGGCAGCACUCUGUGUGCCAAAAUCCUUCCAUGGACCUCUAGGAGAGACCCGCUCUCAUCUUCCCGGCCCCUGAUUGCCCUUGUAAUUCAUGGACCAAUUGUAAACGAAGGCAGAGGCGGCAGCGGGUCUUCGUCCGUUAUCGAUGAUUCCGCUUCCGAAACUCCAAGCCGCCCCACGUCAAGCAGAGGAAAUGAAUCUACGGGUAGAGUGACGAACUAUCAAACGACUGUCGAGAUCUACUCGCUGAAGGAGAAGCGAAGAAUCGCCGUCCUGUAUAAGAGUCCGCUGAUCCCGGUCACAAGCCCCAUCGAUAGCCCAAUGUUUGAACCGCCCCAACCAGCCUGCGAAUUUGUGCUCGACGCCAAAGGCAAGUACGUUGUGGUUGCAUCUGGUGCAAGUGGGGAGAUCUUCAUCUUUGCUCCCUACCUCAGAGGCCACGAAGAGUAUCAUGAACGAUUUCGAUGCAUUGGCAAAGUCUGGACCUCGGUGCAGCUUCGAGAUCGUGGAGCACAUUCAAGUGCAUCGAGUGCUGCUGACGGCGCCAGCCAUGAGGAGACGGCGCCUGAACAGUAUGGCGUUCCAGUCUUCUCUUUGUCUGACCGCUGGCUUGCUGUUACCCCUCCGGCUUCAACCACUCUGUUCCCCAUUAAUGGUGUAGCUUUAACAUCGCCUCACAAUGAGAAACCACCUGGUCUAGCACAUCAUACUGUGCCCCCUCAGCCCUCGCCGAAUUGCGGCGUUGAUGCACCUGAGGCAGCAAGUCUGAUCAACCGACUUACUAGGGAGGGUACUCAGGUCGCUAUCAAGGGUGCGCGCUGGGCUACUGAGAAAGGUAUCCAAGCCUUCAAGAACUACAUGAACAAAGGUUCCCAGGUGAAUGGCAACGUGAACGGAGUACCGUAUGGCGCAGACCCUAUGCCACAGCAGUACUUUCCGCCAACUCAUGGCCACAACCAGGCUCAGCCUCGGCAAGAAGCGACUGUGAUUUCAAUCUACGACCUGCAAAAGCUUCUAGACACUGAAGAGGCAAAGAACAAGAACGCUCUUCACGCAAUCGUUACCAUUCCUGCUACUCUGGGAUGUAGCUUCUUGUCGUUGUCCCCGAGCGGCUUAAUGCUCAUGACUGUGAGCAAAAAGGGAGACUUUCAAGAUGUUUGGGACCUCAAGCGUAUCAACUUCCGCAGGACCCGUAAGACGACGAGGGAACAAGCUACUGGCCCGUACGUUCGCCAGGUCGCUCGAUUUGCUCGCAUGACUGUUACGAGUGUUGUUGAUGUGGUUUGGUCGGCUCCAAGGAUUGACAAGCUAGCAGUUAUCACCGACAAAGGCACUGUACAUAUGUUCUUGAUGCCCACAUCCGCCUUCCAAUGGCCACCUCCUCGGCGGCUUCGUAAAUCCAACCAACCCGCAAAACUCAAGGAGGAAAACAUUCCCCAUGGUGGACGUGGCGGUGCAGUUGGUUCUGCUAUGCAAGCCAUCAACGGCGCCUCAAAGCCCUUCCUCAAUGCUGUCCGCGCUCGCAACAGCAACAGCAACAUGGGCCGCUUCCCAUCCCUUAGCAGCCUUGGAAUGACGCCUGCUGCUGGGGCUAAGUCUGGCAAAGCCGUUGCCGCUGGUGUUGGCAAGUCAAUUAGCAGCAUCCGCCACGCAGGCGACAACAAGCUCACGCUCCCCCCGUCUCCAAGCGGUGUCAAAUGCCACAGUGUACGAUGGCUAACUGGUAAGGGUCGAGGAUCUAUCGCCUUGGUGUCCGGGGGCGUUUUGCAAAUUUACAGGGUCCAAAUGCGUCCUGCGACUGGCAAAGGCAAAUCUGCAAACGCCACAUCGAUCUCUAAGAAGAAAAUUGUUGAGUUUGGUCUCACACCUGUUCGUAACACCCUUUUCCCGCCUGCUGUUGCUGCGCAGUUGUUUCCUACUCCUGGAGAGCCCGAAAACAAUCACGAUUUCCACGGGGAAUGGCUACCACGCUCCCUCCCUCCUCGCCGAGGAAGGAUUGGGCCAGGUGGAAAGAAGCAAGCUAUGCUUGCCCUCGCUCCCCUGAGCUUCUCAGAGAUCGAGACGAAUCCGCCUUACCAGCCUUUCUAUACUGAUCGUAGAGUAACACGGUUCGUGUUUUCAAGACACACCACGGAUGUUCAUGGCGGCAAUAGCGAAUGGCAACCUCCAACUCCCGAGCUCAUCUCCAACCUUCGCCACCAGAACGACGACUCACCAUGGCUCUUUGGCCAGGAUGUCGAAGCUACCCGUAUCUCUCCUCCAGCAAACCAAUCCUACGACUCUGGAGACGAUGACACGAUGGCUGGCGUUGCGGCGAGAGUGGAAAACAAACUCGUUCUGAGAGAUGGAGAAGAGGAGGUUGAGCAAGUCGUUGUAACAACGAGACGGAGACGUGUGCGACGAGAAGGUGUUGAGGAAGACGAAGAAGGCUUCUUCGAAGAUGACUGUGAGGUCCUCGAUUUUGCCGAGGAUAGAGUGUGAGCAGCAUCUGUGAUCCACUCUAUCUUCUUGAAUGUCCCCAUCAUUCCUUCUUUGUCACGGAUGAUGCUAUAUCAGAUACCAUCUUUUUUCAAUUCCAGGGCGCGGUACAAGACUAAGUGGCUUGGGUCGAAUCUGCUGGUCCGUCUGUGGUUCUUUCGCGGGUGCAUGGAGGCGUCCUGAAGUCUACACUUCUUUGCUUUACGUUGCGUGCUUUUUGCAUCGAAAGUGCGGAUGGAUGAGUGCUUUGUUAGACCGGAUGGAUAUGGAUAUGAACCCGGUAAAUAGAUGUCUUCGGACUUUUGAAUAAGAACGUAGUUACAAU